AUGUCAAUUUCGAUGAAUAUCUGCAAUCACAAGAAAGAAAUAAUGCAGGGUUGUCAUCGUCUCAGCAACGGCGCGAGGAGAGGUGGAUUCCCAGCACCGAGGGCGCGAGCGGAUCGAUGGGUACGUGACGACCAGGGCGCAUUAGAAACAAAAGAAACACUCUGA